CACAGGCUUGAAGGCUUCCAUGCAGAUGCUUUCUGAGUCCAUGGAUUACGUCUAUGCUGACCCUCAAUUCUGCCAGGUCCCUUAUCACUUGCAUGCUGUCUUGGUCCACGAAGGCCAGGCCAACGCCGGGCACUACUGGGCCUACAUCUACCACCUGCCCCGAAGGGCCUGGCUCAAGUACAACGACAUCGCCGUGACGGAGUCCUCCUGGGAGGAACUGGAGCGGGACUCCUUUGGCGGCUUGAAAAACGCCAGCGCCUAUUGCCUCAUUUACGUCAGUAAGAAACUGCCACACUUCGCAGCAGGUGAGGAUCUGAACCCGGUCCUUGGCGAGGCCUCGUCCCUCUUCCCGGGGGGCCUCUGGAUGAGCUGGGCUUCCUCAGAAGAGCUGCCUUGUCCUCUGGUUGGGACCCUGGCCUCUUCCUAUGCGCCUCCGACCUUCAUUGGGAUUUGA